AUGACUGGAGCUAAGGCAGUCCCUACUCUAAUGAUUUUGUCAUCAAAGCUUAAGAAUGCUGCAUGUAGACCUCUUAGUGAUGGUCAACAGUUUCAGAGUAUUGUUGGUGGCUUAAUGUACCUCACUCACACCAGGCCAGACAUUGCAUUUAGUGUACAUCGUGUAGCACAGUAUAUGCAUAAUCCAUGUGAAGAACACUGGAUAGCUAUCAAACGAAUACUUCGGUAUUUGGCUGAGACAACUCACUAUUUUAUUGUAUUUCAUGCUAACAGUUCUACAAAUGACAUUGUUGCCUUUGCUGAUGCUGAUUGGGCAACCAAUCCAGAUGACCGAAGAUCCAUAUCAGGCCAAUAUGUAUUUCUUGGAGAAAAUCUAGUUUCAUGGAGCUUAAAGAAACAGAAAACUGUGGCUCAUUCAGCAAAAUAUCGAAGUAUUGCUGACACAGUUGCUGAAGUGGUUUGGAUUCAAUCAUUGCUACGAGACUGGGUGAAAAACAAUGAGAAGUUCCUGUUAUAUGGAGUGAUAACACUAGUGCAGUGGUGA